AUGGCAGCCACAGACGGCCAAGUCGUGGUCGCAGCGUCGCGCUGGUCUGACGAAGGCCAUUACUUAAGAGAGUUCGUUGUAAAGAACCGACUGCCAAAUGUAGCCAAAAUUAUUAAAGGCCAGUAUGGUGGACUCGGUGUACCUACUUUACCGAGCCCCGGGUUACAGAGCACAGCUUUAUUGGUAUCUGCGGGAAAGAGAAAGAAGAUCAUCGCACAAGCAAUAAAAUUAAAGGAAGGGAGGCGUAUGGUUAGUGUUGGACCAAGACUGGCUAUACCAGAAACCUAUAAAGGCUAUUUCGAAUUGUUGAGUGAAGAAGGAAGAGCCGUAAGAUGUAUAGAAUCUGUAUCAGAACUAGCGCGAAGAAAACUGGACGACGGCUGCUUAGUAAGAGAGCCAGUAAGAGUGAUAUGUGCAAAGAUUGAUCUCGAUGGAAAUGUAACUGCAGAUGGCGCAAGAAACUUACCAGCUGGAGAGGUUAUUAUACCGAAAGGAGAAACGUUUUUAGGAAAAAAUAAAUAUUUAAAGUGUACCGACACUAAAGGGGACAUGAUUUUAUUGAGUUUGGAUCAGAGAGGAAAAUUCUCUGCUGUUGCCAAAGAAGAGAAUAUUAGUGGUGUACAUACUGCAAAAACAUUGCUAACAAAACGGCUACCAAUGACGGUGAGACUUGUACACGGAACACCUCCUAGAGGGUUGAAAAGUGCCAGCCAUUUCGUUCCAGAGCUUAGACUUUUAUCAUUUUUCGAAGAAGAUCAUGUAUUUGCAUUGCCCUUGCAAAAGGAAGGAAACGCAUUAAUUGCUUUGCCUCUAGCGGCACCAUUAAAAAUGUUGAGAUGCAAAAAUGAGGAACAAAUAAAAAACUUUAUGGAAUUCUCGAGACUGGUUGAGAAAUGCAACCGUCUGCUUGUAGAAGUUGUUGAUCGAAUACAUGUACUUGAUGGAAAGUUGGGUGAUCCUAAGAGGCUUCUGAAUGCUCCACUACAUGCACCACCGCUGAUUAAAACGGGUUAUUUUCUAAGGCGAAGCAUGUCAUCGGAUGCAGCCAACCAACAUAAACACAUAUCACGACAUAACCACAUAUAUAGUAGCCACAGAGAUGAAAAUAGCAUUCCCGAUGAGUAUGACGAAAUUGACCAGAUUUAUGAUUAUGUUAGAGGUUUCGCCCCUCUACCAAAAAACAUCAAAGCAUCAUAUUCCAAUGAACCAACUCGUCAUGAAUCUGCACCAGCAUCUCCCGCAGCGACUCCAAUUCAUAUGCCACUAAUUACAGAAAUCAAACCUGAACCGCCUCCAAUUGAAACAAUACCGACUAAAAAACCGCUAAAUAUUCAAAAGGCAGAAAAACGGACUCGCAAAACUGCCAUAGCUCCUAAAGAAACACCCAUAAUAGUUUAUAAAGAAAAAUGUUCUGUGGCACCAGCUCCAAACAACCUUCCUAAAUUAUAUAUUAAGAACAGCGUAAGCAACAACAAAAGUAGAAUGGUCUUCAGUCAGAAAAGUCAUUCCCCUACCAAGGAGACCCCUAGUCCAGUAACUAGUCCAAUAAGACCGUUAACUAAAGGUGAUUCCCCUAUUUUCAAUAUACGAUAUAAAAGUCUCUCAAACAUACACCAAGCAAUGGAGUUAGAUGGUACUUUAGAUUCGAGUCACUCAGGUGGCAGGACGUCAGGGGACUCGGGUAAUGGACCUAAACUUCCUGAGAAAAGAUGUAGAAAACUAAGUAGGCCUAAAUCUCUAACUAACCUGGUGUGGGAGCUUAAAGGAUGUCCAGUAGAAGCAAACGAGAAACCAAAAUGUAGGAAUAAAAACGAAAGCUACAAGAAAAUUGGAAACAAACUGUCUCUUGGAGCUCAAAAGAGGGUGCCGACGCUGUAUCUUUAG